AUGGUUACACAACUAGAAAAGGAGUUUCUACAAUCCUACCCACAAAAUUGUCCUCCAGAUGCCUUGCCAGGUACUCCUGGAAAUUUAGAUAGUACUCAAGAAAAGGCAUUAGGAGAACUCAGAAAAUUUUUAGAAGACGCUGGUUUCGUUGAACGUCUAGAUGACUCGACUCUGCUACGUUUCCUAAGGGCCAGAAAGUUUGACGUUCAAUUGGCUAAAGAAAUGUUUGAGAACUGUGAAAAGUGGAGAAAGGAUUACGGUACUGACACGAUUUUGCAAGACUUCCACUAUGAAGAAAAGCCAUUGAUUGCCAAAUUUUACCCACAAUAUUACCAUAAAACUGACAAAGAUGGCCGUCCAGUAUAUUUUGAAGAAUUGGGAGCUGUUAACAUACAUGAAAUGAACAAGGUUACGUCUGAAGAGCGCAUGUUGAAAAAUUUGGUCUGGGAAUAUGAAUCUGUUGUACAAUUCAGGUUACCUGCUUGUUCAAGAGCUGCUGGUCACCUGGUGGAAACUUCAUGUACAAUUAUGGACUUGAAAGGUAUUUCCAUAUCUAGUGCAUACAGUGUCAUGUCAUACGUCAGAGAGGCCUCCUACAUAAGUCAAAACUAUUAUCCUGAACGUAUGGGUAAAUUCUACAUUAUUAACGCUCCAUUCGGUUUCUCUACCGCAUUUAGAUUAUUUAAGCCUUUCUUGGAUCCCGUUACAGUUUCAAAAAUCUUUAUUUUAGGUUCGUCUUACCAAAAGGAAUUACUAAAGCAAAUUCCAGCUGAAAACUUGCCUGUUAAAUUCGGCGGUAAGUCCCAAGUUGACGAAUCUAAUGGUGGGUUAUAUUUAUCUGAUAUCGGUCCAUGGAGAGAUCCAAAGUACAUUGGACCAGAAGGUGAAGCUCCGGAAGCCUUUUCGUUGAAAUGA